GUUCCAGUGUAAUGGCGGCGUCCACUGAUGUAGGCGUUUAUGACAGCCUUAUCUUUUGCUGUCUUCGUCUGUAUGUAGCGCUCACAAGUGGCGCCGAGAGGUAGGAGAGCUGCGUGAUGUCUGCUCUGCCCGACGAGCUCCUUUUGUAUAGCACACCUGACAAGUACAUUAUUGAACCUGCAAAUGUUUCGGAGAAGAGCCUGAUCAUUGAUAGGGUGUCGCGCGAGGUUACACUGUCUGCAAAGCCGGACAUACCGCCACAGGCUGUGAGCAAAGUUAUCUAUGGCAUUGUCGGAGUCAUCAACCUCCUUGCAGGCCCCUACCUCAUUGUGAUCGUCGAUCGCCGGAGGGUGGGCGAAAUCAACGGUCAGGUGAUAUGGCGGAUAAAAGCAACAGAGGCAUACUCUUACACAAAAACGUCCUUGCACCUGACAGAAGAACAGAUUCAGUACAACAAGCAGUACACUGCAAUGGUCCAGUCGGUGCUGAGCACACCAAACUUUUACUACUCAACCACAUACGACCUGAGCCACACGCUUCAGCGGCUCUACAACACGACGCCAGACUUCCUCCAGAUGGGGCUCAUGGAGCGUGCAGACUACAGGUUUGUCUGGAACCACUAUUUGAUGAGCGAGUUUAGCAAUCAAGUGGAGCUUCAGAAGUUCUGCCUGCCCAUCAUUCAUGGCUUCGUGUACAUCAAGACGUGUGCUAUCAACGGCCGUGGGUUCACAUUUGCCCUGAUUUCUCGACGGAGCUGCUAUCGGGCUGGGACGCGCAUGUUCAUGAGGGGCCUGGACAGUGAGGGCCAUGCUGCCAACUUUGUGGAGACCGAGCAGAUUAUCGAGGGUGACAGUGCACGCAGCUCUUUUGUCCAGACCCGAGGAUCCAUUCCAUUGUUCUGGUCCCAACUCCCUGACCUGCGGUACAAACCUCCCCCCACUUUGAGUAACGGGUAUGACCAUCUUCAAGGGUUCCAGAAACACUUUGACAAUCAAAUUUUCACCUAUGGGAAGCAAGUGAUAAUUAACUUGAUUGACCAGAAAGGCCCAGAGAAGUCAUUGGGCAAGGCCUUGCAAGAUGUUUCCACCAUUGCAAACAACAGCAACAUCAAAUAUGAGCCCUUUGACUUCCAUCACGAGUGCAGGCAGAUGCAGUGGGAUCGGUUGUCCAUACUUAUGGAUAGGAUCCAGCAUGACCAGGACUCCUUUGGGUUCUUCAUGAUGCUGUACGACGGCUCCGUUCCUCUGGUGCAAGACGGAGUGUUUCGCACUAACUGCAUUGAUUGCUUGGACAGAACCAACGUGGUGCAGUCAUUGCUCGCAAGGCGAAGCUUUGAACAGCAAAUGCUGCGGACAGGAGUCCUACAGCCUGGGGAGACUAUGAAGCACCAUCCCACGUUUGAAACGUUGUACAAGAACGUGUGGGCCGACAACGGUGACUUCUGCAGCAUUCAGUAUGCUGGUACUGGUGCUCUCAAGACUGACUACACAAGAACGGGAAAGCGCACUGUGCUCGGUGCGAUGAAGGAUGGCUACAACUCCGGUAUACGCUACCUCAAGAAUAACUUCUAUGAUGGCUUCAGGCAGGAUGCCAUCGACCUCUUCCUCGGGAACUACAGAGUGCAAGACGGGGAAGGUGCAUCUACUCCUUGUCCUCUAACCGUUCGUCGGGACCUCAAGUACUUAGCGCUGCCAAGCUUUUUGCUUUUGGCAAUUGCGUGCUGCUUUAUGUGCUUGCUCAUUCCGUCAGUCUACAGCAUGGAGACCUUCAUGUACUUCCUGUUUUGGUUCAUGAUGAUUGUACUCACCCUGUUCGCUAUUGUGCUCAAUGGGACCGAAUUUGUGGACUUCCCUAAGUUGCGGGACCUCAGGCCUAGGAGGAGGCAGGACUAGCCAGCAUUCAGUUCUCGUGGGAGCAUGUUCCCAGGUUUUUGUCUUUCUCCUUUAGUUUGAAUCCAUCAGUUGUACUGCACUUUUAACCUUGUGAGUAAAGCUGCUGUGGGAUGCACUUCUAAAUGGCAUGAAUUGCAUAUAAGGAUAGGAAAAUAUGCAAAUCUUUCUAUACUAACUGCUGUUAAUUGUUCCUUAGUCUUUAUGAGUCCAGUACUCUCGUUGAAAUCUGCUGCUAGUGUGCUUAACGAAAAAUAAAAUAUGUCUAACAGUA